AUGCCUCUCCGACGCAACAUUCCCUCCUCCUCCCUUCUUUCGCCCGGCGACUAUGACGAGGACGCCGAGUCGCUUCGCUCCCCGUCAGAGCAGGACUCUGACUCGGAAGACGACGAAUUUCUUCGGAGGUCCCGCACCACACUAGAGCUCGCCGAACACGAUCGUACAGUUCUCGAUGACGAAGAGGAGACCGAGAAAUUGCUCACCCGAAGCGGGCCAACCCAUGGUCUUCGCCGCAUCUUCAGUCCAAGCAGUAGCAGCAUUAGAAUCGGGAAGCAAGAGCGCAGACGGCAACGCAAGCAGGCUAGAAGGGAGGCACGCAAUGUCCGCCGUGGGAGGAAACGUGAAUCCGCAGAGAUAAUGUUUGAGAUGGAAGAAGGACACCGGGAUGAUGAGCGCUCCCUCCUGAGCGCAUCUUCAUCCGACUUGGAUACGCGGGCCAAAGAAUACGCAUAUGUACAGCAGCCACGGCGCGUAUCAUGGCGCAGACUUGCGCUCAUCUUCUCCGCUAUCUUUGUUCUUCUUCUUAUCUUCUGGUUGGGAGCAUACAAAGCUUCGGCGAAGUAUCGGACCCCCCACUCCUCCAGGGCCAUGCUGUAUAAUGGCACUGCCUUGUUUGCACCCACCACCAUCUUGAUAUCUCUUGAUGGCUUUCGAGCGGACUUCCUCACUCGUGGCUUGACUCCAACCCUGAGCUCUUUCGUCUCAAACGGCGUCUCUCCGCAGUAUAUGCUUCCCAGUUUUCCUAGCGUGACCUUCCCGAAUCAUUUCACGCUUGUAACUGGAUUAUAUCCCGAGAGCCACGGGAUCGUAGGCAACACUUUUUGGGACCCGGUGCUGGAGGAAGAGUUCUACUACACCCACCCCUCGGUCAGUAUGCAACCUAAAUGGUGGAAUGCUGAGCCUCUCUGGAUGACGGCCGAAAGUCAGGGUGUGAGGACCGCUGUCCAUAUGUGGCCUGGUUCAGAGGCGCAUAUUGGCGGUAUGGAUCCAACCUACCUUGAUCAAUUCAAUGGCUCAGAAGUGCUUUCCUCGAAAGUGGAUCGCAUCUUGGGUCUACUGGAUAUGCCUGGGAUAGAAGUUGAGUCCGACGUUGCUCCCCAAAGACCUCAGUUCAUCGCUGCCUAUGUCCCCAAUGUUGAUGCAGACGGGCAUAACUACGGCCCUAACAGCACUGAGACUCGGGGCACGAUCUCCAAGGUAGACGAUAUGCUUGGCAGCCUGUUUUCCGGUCUUGAAGCGCGCAACCUUACAGAUGUUGUGAACAUCGUGAUUGUCUCCGACCAUGGCAUGGCAACCACUGCCACCGAACGAUUAGUACAGUUGGAGGAUCUGGUUGACCUGGACCUAGUGCAGCGCAUCGACGGGUGGCCGUUGCGCGGGCUGCGACCCAAACGGCCAGAGGAUCUCAAGGUCCUUCAGGAGCAGCUUGAGAACGUGGCAUCGAACUAUUCGCAUGCCGUAGAGAUAUACACGCGUGAGAGUAUGCCUGAACGCUACCACUUCCAGAACAACGACCGCAUCGCUCCUCUAUGGGUGAUUCCAAAGACCGGCUGGGCGGUCGUCGAGCGCGUCGACUUCGAUGCCCGUAAAGCCCUGGCAAACGGGGAGGUCUACCAUCCCCGAGGCAUCCAUGGAUAUGACCACGAGCACCCCUUGAUGCGGGCGAUCUUCAUCGCCAGGGGACCCGCAUUCCCCCAUGAACCCAACAGCCGGCUGGAAGCAUUUCAAAAUGUCAAUGUCUACAACAUUAUCUGUGACUCUCUCGGGGUCACACCGCACCCGAACAAUGGAACCUUGCGCCUGCCUUUCCAAACGGUAGGCCUUCAUUCGGACGAAGACACGCCCACUUUGGACAGUCCGGCCGACCCAGUCCCCAGCACCAUCACCGGUAUGACGCCAACCAAGAUGCCCUCGGCAGAAUAUUCCGCAUCUGCGUCGCCAUCGGAAACUGCGCCAGAGGCUCAGCCUGAGCCUGAUUCGGAGAGCGAUGACGAGGAGGGCCCUACCUGGUGGGGGGUCCUCUGGGAUAAAUUCGAGGAAGCCAAGGAUUGGGCGACCGACGUGUUCGACACUGUAAAGGACAACUUCACAGCAGCGUCACGAUAGACAUAGAUGGAGUGGUUGCGGUUUUUCUUUUGGCUUGUGCAUUUGUUUGUUUUAUUUGGUUGUUUUUGCGGGGCGCGGCUUUUUGGAAGGGGACCAGAACCCAUAAUACGUCAUCAAGAUACCCACUUUUGCUUGCAAUGUGAUUUAGAAUCUUUUCCGCAAGGGUUGUCCGACCGUGCGAGUGGAGGAGGAUGCGG